AUGGCACCCAGGGGCCUCCUCCUGCUUGCCGUGCUGGCCCUGCAGGCAUGCGGCGCGCUCGCGCGGGUGCAGCUGAAGCCCGCUUCGAGGGCAGGUGAUGUGCUCCAGCGGGAUUCGGCGCCGACGGGCUCGCAGCUGAACAUCCGGAGGAAGGUGCCAGAGCAGCAGCCGACGGCGCCGGCCUCGAUGCUGCAGCGCGUGCUGGGGCGCCAGGCGGCCGCCAGGGCGCAGAAGGCCGCCGGCGCGCGCGGGGCCGCCGUGCUGGAGGACGCGGGCUCGCUGAUGCAGACCGUGGUGGAGACCAAGGGGCUGGACAUCCGCAAGCGCCGCCCGCGCGACGAGUUCUGA